UGUCCACCUCCUACAUAUAUCAUAUAUGCCCUAACAUUUUCUCUUAAUUCUCUUACCAUCACUACAUCUUUAUCUCUCUCACUCUCUCUCUAUUACAAUGGUGAAGCAGACAGGACGAUACGCUCUGUUUCAGGCGACGCCGGAUUCUGAGUUCGUGAAGGAGACAUACGGAGGUUACUUCAACGUCUUCGUGUCAGCUUUCGGAGAAGAAGGAGAGCAAUGGGAUCUUUUCCGUGUGAUCGACGGCGAGUUUCCCUGCGACCACGAGCUUGAGGGGUAUGACGGAUUCGUCAUCAGCGGGAGUUUGCAUGACGCUUUCUCAGAAGAAGAUUGGAUCAUUGAGCUUUGCUCUGUUUGCCACAAACUUGAUGUGAUGAAGAAGAAAAUUCUUGGCAUAUGCUUUGGUCACCAGAUUAUAUGUAGAGUGAGAGGUGGGAAAGUGGGAAGGGCUCGUAGAGGACCAGACUUAGGCCUCGGUAACAUAACCAUCGUUCAAGAUUUGAUCGAACCGGGUGGUUACUUUGGAGAAGAAGUUCCCGAGUCUUUGUCCAUCAUAAAAUGUCACCGUGACGAGGUACUUGAGCCUCCUGAGUCGGCCAAAGUCAUUGCAUUCUCUGGCAAGUGCGACGUUGAGAUAUUCUCCGUCGAAGAUCACUUGCUUUGCUUUCAAGGCCAUCCCGAGUAUAACAAGGAGAUUCUCUUGGAGAUCAUUGAUCGUAUCAACAAGAUCAAAUUUAUCGAGGAGGAACUUUUGGAGAAAGCUAAGGGUUCGAUAGAGAAGAUCGAACCAGACACGCAUCGAUUGCACAUGCUAUGCAAGAAUUUUCUGAAAGGACGAACUAACUUCGUUUGACUAUUCCAUGUUCAUGGUCUGGUCUCUAAUAAAGCUACUAGUUUCUGUAAAUUCAUAACUAUUAUAUGGUACGGUGAUCACAUAUUGUAACAUAUGAAAUAAAUUAUCUACCGAAAAGCAAAAGACUGCGGUUUGUAAUUUAGUGGUUUAUCUCACAUCAUUGAAACAUAUUAAACUAAA